GGAUGCGCUGGUUGUGGAGGCCCUUUUCUUCGGAUCCGCCCGGGAAGCGUCCUACGUGUAUCACGCCCGGUGCCGCGGGGGCCUUGGUACCGAUAGCGAAGACGGCACCAUCAACACGUCACCAUCACCCCGGACGAACCUGUGUCUGUCUAACGCCAUUUUUCUGAACUGCCUCUCGCGCCGAUAUUACCUCGAGUCUGAGCACGCGGGACGGCUAGUGAUCGAUCAGAUGGAGAUAUCCAAGAAAAAAAGAUUGUAGGUGUAACUUUUUUGGCUGAUCAGCAUUAUGGCAGGACAGCAGAAACCUGUCAUGCGCAGAUAGCAUGUCAAAACGCGCUUGAAUGGACCACCCUGCAAUGCAUAUGUCCAGCAUGACAGACGCAAUCAUCUUACGUGUUGCGCAUCACGACAAACUUACACUAACAAUGUUUUUUUCCUGCAUAGGAGAAGCACGAUCUCGCCCGGGCGCGGUUGUGGAUUCGCCAGGCCGACUACGCCGAGCAGCGGGCUGUGGCUGGCAACCCCCGGAGCUUCGCGAGUGCAAGUACCAGGCAUGGAGUCGCGUGGUGUGUCGUGGAUGUGUUCUGGCCACCGGAUGCCGGUCGUGAGGAGACGCCUGAGACUCGCCUGGGAGCUUGGGGCACGUGGGGACAGGAAGAUUUGUUCGUGAAAGUUACGGAUGGAGGCGUAGAAAAGGCGAUCAACCCCAUGACGGGGGCCGCGAUGCUGGUGGAGGGGCAAGCGCAGUUCGAAAACUUCCCAAAGAUCCCGCGCGGCUGGGCCCGAAGCCCCUUGUUUCAGCGCCUGUUCUCUCAGCCGUCAGACUUUGUGCAGUGCCUGGUACGGGAGGUGAGCGUUUACGGGCAGCGGUACUUCCAGAUUCGCAAUUCUCGGGUACGAGACUUACUCUUUCGCCCGGAGUCCACAGCAGGCGGGGACGGACUGCCCGAGAAUUCCAGUCCGCGGGUGUACUGGCGAAGGCCGGGCACCUCUGAGCUGUUCGAGUUGUCCCGUGCGGAAGAAGUGGAGGACCUAGCGCGGGAGGUCGAGCGGAGCGCACCCCAGCUGGGCAAAACGCGGACGGUGUGGACGAUAUCAAAUGCAAAAAUGUCUGGGUCUGGAAGAUUGCUAGAUUUGUGAUGCAGGUCUUCCAUGACCCACGCGGUCUUGCAUGCACGGCCUAGCGCGACAGGUUCUGUGAGAUCUCUAUUAUGCCUUUGUUCCUGCGUGAGAGACUGUCUCUAAAAAACUUGUUUAAAAGUGGACCUCUUUUGGUAAUCAUGCAACACUUUAGAGCUUGACCCAAUCUCCCCGAGAUCAAGCCCGUAGGCUUUGUUCGUAAAGGGGGUGACUUUGGUUUUAGAGCAAUCUUCCACUCGUGAUAGACAAAGGCUAGUGCAUUAAAGGUUGAGGGGUCGAAUGAAUCACGCAACAGAAAUUUUUCCACGAUCCAGAUGUAGCAUGACAAGCUACACUCUUCCUGACCCAGACAUUUCUUCAAUGUAUAGACGACACUGCGGGACAAGUUUGACUUUUGGGUGAAGCAGAACCCGGACGAACGGGGGACAGCCGCCGCGUUAGCGCCGGCGGUCUUACUGGCUGUGAAGCGGGAGAGAGCACGGGGGGAACCAGAGCCGCUCAUCCCCUAUCCUGAGUAAAAACGUCCCCACACCAGAGAUGUAAUGCAGAUUUGCAAAGACAGGAAGACUCGUAAUACGCAUCCCCAUGAGAGCCAUUUCCAAUCGUGUUUUGGAAUUUGUGAUGCUCUGAACAGGAUGAGCAGAUGAAUCUGUGAUGCGGCUGCACUUGCUAACCUGCACUACACUGCAGAGUGCAACUUGUCAUGCGUGACUCACAAAACUCCUAGGUUUGUGUUGCAAAAUCCCCAUCCUGACUCUGGUGUGGCUACGUUUUUACUCAGGAUAUCCCCUCGGGCGUAGUCAGUCACCCGCAGGCGAUGUUCACACUCACGGAGGCGGGGUACCUGACGCCCCACCGCAGUGACUCCACGGGCUUGCCGAAAGACUACGCAAACCUGUUUGGCACAGUGCAGGCGUAUCAACAUGCAGCUCAAGAACGCGGCGUGGGCGGCGAGGGCCGGACGAUCUCGUGGCGCCUGCUGGCGCAGGGAAAUAUCGUUGGCGGGGAUUUGGACCAACAAGCCUUAGUGCGGCAGUUGCUUCGCAGCGGUGGCAGGGAUGUGACCGGCCUAGACCUGAACCCACAGUAUGUCCGCGACAUGGUCGGACGGGUGCGAGAGGGCAAGGGAAUCACGCAGAUGGGCAUUUCUAUGAAGUGCAAGUAUGUUGUCUGGGUCCUCCGGAAGACCGCAGGACGAGUUUCCCAUGCUAUUGUUCCAUGACCCGAUGAAAGGUCUAGCAUGCAAGCCCUGAUAUUUUACAGGGUUGCAGAAGUAGGUGUCUCAAACUCAAUGACUAAGCCGCAUGUUGACAAGGUUCGUCUACUUCCGGCGUGUCAGUAAAGUGGGCAUCAACUUUUGCUGUCCAUGCAUGACAGAUUUUUGUGCGGUUUCAUGUGCGCACGACGAGUUUGCACGCUUCCAGACCCAGAUCGAUAUUUGCAAUGCAUAAUUUCGGUGGAGGCGCAACUGAGUUGGGAGGCGCAUGAAGUACCA